GUGCAACGCCGUCGAAUCUACAUCUCUCGUGCUAUCGUUAACUUGGCCGCCUUUGAAUCGACCCUCGAGCAACAAAUAGAGAUGCAUAGGAUGGAUUUAACGAGCGACGAGGAUUACACAGCGUUGCAUGACAAACUAGAAGAACCAAUGCCAUGGAUAGGCCUUUAUAUCGCAGCAGCUUCUGCUGCGUGCGCGCUGUCAAUGGCAGCGGAUGCAUUGAUAGGCUUUCGAAGCAGAAGAUAUUGGUUCCCGUGUAAGUAUUUCUCACUCAACGCUUUUUCUCUUGCAGUAUUAGCUGCCACAAUGAAGCUGCCACUUGAUCUCACGAGUUUUACUGUACAAGAUGACGACAAACUCGCUCGGAUUAGCAGUUUGGUUUUCAUGUCAACCGCUAUGGGUAACUUCAUGACGUCUUUGGGGUCCAUGACUAAUAACGAGAUUAUACUAAACUUAGCUGCUCUAGCCCUUCUUGUUAUUACAAUCUUUGGAAAUGUCGCGGUUCAGGUUAUGCAUCUGCUUCACUUUUACGACGUGCACCACAUACUGGAAGAACAAUUCGUAUGUGCUGUCUUCAUGCUUCUUUUGAUUCUUAUGCUGUGUUACUCUGCUGUGAUGGUUCCAACUGCCAAAAGACACAUAGACUUGUCGUAUCGUGAAAUGCACCGAAAAAUAUCGAAUGAUAAGAAAGUGGAGUGGGGGGGAAUUUUUAGUGUCGAUGAACUCAGAAUAGCCGUGAGAAAGUAUUGGGUGAUGGCACAAACGGGGAGCUCCCAAUUUGUCGUCGCACGCUCUGUGACGUGCGCUGCUUCGGGCUUGAUGUGUCUAUUGAUGGGCCUAACUCUGUUACAAGUUGAGAGAAGAAAGUUUUCGUAUGAAGGUAAAGUUUCUUCGAAUUAUAAGUGGUCCAUCAAACUGAUUCUACUCGUUCAAACCACUGGAGUGGCAGCGGGUGGUAUUGCUCCAGUUAUGCGAUGGUUCGUCGCGGCCCGAUUGAAGAGCUCGAAGAUAGGCCAUAAAAGUUUCCGAGACGAAUUGAAAGUCGAGACUUAUUGGACCCAAAGACUGGUCCAAUUGAGAGACCGCUCCGUACCUUUACGAAUCGCGCCCCACAUACCCAGGAAACUACUUCAUUAUGCAAAAGGAUCUCUUCUAAAUCCCUGCAUUAAAGUUCAGGUUGCGAUCGUUCGUGCCAGCAAACUCUCUCUCCUCUUUUCGGCAGUCUGUGUGAAAGGACUUGUGUUUUGCUUCCACCACAUCAAGAAUCUGAACGCACGUUGUCGCAUUGAAGGAAUCGGAAGAUGUUGAAACGGAGAUGGAUUAUAGUUGUUAUGUGCUGCUGCUCGAGGGCGAGUCGGAGCUUGUGGUGACAAGUCACUAGCAUCACACCCUCUUAAUCCAAGAGGUCUUGUGUUCGGAUCUUCGGGGUCAACGUGUAAUAUUGGAUAAAUUAAUGUACUAUGGAUAAAAUCGAUGUAAAUUAUAUUUUGAGGGAUUUUUCCGGGGUUUUUUUGCAAAGACCACCCUU